AUGGCGGCCGCUUGCGCUUGUGGUCCUGCACCAGUGCUUCCGAAGCGCAUAGGCAACCAGGACUUGGAGAAAAUGACGUCGACGACUCGUUUGCAAGCCGCCGAAGUUAAGGCGCUUUAUGCCCGCUUUCGGCGGCUGGCACCCUCAGGCUAUUUGCUUCAGCAGCAGUUCCAACAAACCAUGGGCGUCAUGGGACUCACAGACGACCAUUUUCUCGUCGAUCGGAUGUUCCAGGUGUUCGACACUGAUCACGAUGGCAAGCUGAGUUUUAUAGAGUUCGCCUCUGCGCUGGCCAUUAUGAUCCGCGGCACCGAGGAUGAGAAGCUCGCGUUUAGCUUCCAGAUAGUCGGCGGCAAGGAGGCAUCCGGCGUGCGGCUGGAGGACUUCCAACAACUGGUGGCGUCCUACAACCGGAUGAUGUCAUCACUCGUGGCACCGACCGGGCGGCUGACUUCCGACGAGGAUGUGAAGCGCUUGUUUCAUGAGCUGGCAUCGGCCCGAGAUGGAACCGAGGAGGAAGUCAUCAGCUUGGAUGCUUACAAGGCGGCUGCACAGGAGAAUGGCGACUUCCUGUCAUGCCUUGGGCUUGAGCCCACGGGUGGCCGAGCUGUGGCCAAGAAGCCGCAGAAGCCAGCUCCAGUUCCGGAGGUCCAGGCACCUUCUGCCGACGGAGUGUAUGUUCCACGACAGCAUCUUGAGGAGCUUCAGCGACGUGUGCUCACGCUUCAGAAAGCGCUGGCUGCUGAGCAGAGGAGAAGUUUCCUGGGGAGAUUGCCGGCCGACCCGCCGUCACCGGUGCCGGAAGAACCGGCACAGGAAGACAGCUACCCUUGGUGGAUGCCCACUUGCGGCUGCACGCCCAUGACAAGAAUGACGCAGUUGCCUUGUGAGGCACGGGGUGAGAUCCUCGACUGCGAGCCCGCAGCACCAACCGCAGCCAUGGCAGCCACAAGCGAAGCUCACUCUGGCCCAGAAGCUUUCUCAGAUGAGCAGGAGGAUCUCUAUCAUGAGGUCAAUGCCCUGAUGCGGCUGUGUGCCAAGUGGACAGACUCGGAUCGCGGACUCCAUGUGGAAUCGGUCGCGCCAGAUCCCUUCAUGCCUCAAGUGCUCCAAGAAGAGCUCAGGACCUACAGUCGACAAAGGCAGUACUCAAGAGAUGUAUCCCGAGAGUCAGACGACAGCAGGGCCUUUGCCAACCAGAUGCCGCAAUCGCCGCAGAAGACCUCCAAGAAAUCUGCGGGCGUCCAUGUGGCUGUCACUGCUGCAUCUCGGGAGAGCGAUGGUCAGGGGCCAGCCAUCCAGGGAGGACGACAUCGAGCGCUCAGCGUUUCUUCGAGCCGUCAGCGCAGGCACCAUCGGCUGUUGGGGCCGAAGAAGGGCCUUGCUGUGCAUUUCGGCCACGAAAACUGGAACAUGGUGCUCAGCAUGAUGAUUGGCAUCCGGAUGUCUGUGGGACGUUCCGGGCAAGAGCUGCACAGAGAGCUGCAGCCUGUGGACUUCAUCAUGAAGGAGAAAUUCAGCAUCCUCCCGCGGUUGGCAAACAUCUUUGAUGCCACUGUGUCCAAGCGUGUCAAAGUGACUCGAUUCAUAGACUACGCUCCCAUGGUGUUCCAGCGGAUACGUGCCAGCUUUGGAAUCCACAGCGACGACUAUCUUCGCUCAGUCGGGCCCGAGCAGCUGCUGGGCAACAUGGUCUUGGGCAACUUGUCCUCCCUGUCGGAGCUGUCCUCCGAGGGCAAGAGUGGUGCCUUUUUCUACUACACAUCGGACGGGAAAUACAUGAUGAAAACCGUCACGCACAAGGAGCAGAUGUUGCUCAAGAAAAUGCUGAAGAAGUAUUAUGAUCACAUCACGCAGAACCAGGGCACACUUCUGGUGCGAUUCCUGGGGUUGCAUUGCCUCAGCGUCCACAAGAAUCGCAAGGGCUCGGCCGUCCAGAAAGUGUACUUCGUCGUCAUGGGAAAUAUGUUCAAUACCCCUUUCGAGAUCCACAGACGGUACGACCUCAAAGGUUCCUGGGUUGGCCGUGUCACGAAGGAGGAGGACAAAGAUCCAUCAGUUGCCCUCAAGGAUGUCGAUUUCACAAAGGCGAAUGAAUCCAUCCUGGUUGGUCCAGAACGGAAGGCAAAACUUGUGGCGCAGAUCGAGAAAGACAGCAUCUUCUUGCGGGACAAUAACAUUAUAGACUAUUCCUUGCUGUUGGGCGUCUACUUGCUUGGUGGCCCGUCUCCGUCCACCGAAGACAAAGGCGAGAACCCAGAGAGCUGCAUGGGGCUGAGGGGUGCCACUGCAACUGCGCAGAUGGCAACUGGGGCCACGGUCCGCAUGGCUUCAUCGGACGAACUGCAUGGCGAGGUUCCAUUCCAUCAAGCCCACAUGGGUGGCAUGCUGUCCUCUGACCAGAAGGUCUUGUACUUUCUGGGCAUCAUUGACAUCCUGACACCGUACGACAGCAGAAAACACUUGGAGCAUUGGUUCAAGGCGCUGCGCUACGACCGCAAAGGGGUUUCAUGCUGCCCUCCUGCCAUGUACGCGGAGCGGUUCAGUUCUUUCUUGAAGAACUGUAUACACUGA